AUGCAACGACGUACCUACUUCGGCCCUCCAGAAAUGGAACCAGCUGAAGCUACUGUCAAGAACCUCGCGGACUGCGGAUUCGAACGCCUCAGACUUCCGACUCUUCGGCACAACAUACAUGAACCACCUCUCCCACCCGACUUCAAGCCAUUGACCUCAAACGAGCAAACGAAAUAUCUCAACAUGAUAUAUCAAAAGCUGAUGAUGGCGUGCACAUACUUCAAAAUGGAGCGAGACCUUGGGCUGAACUACGACCGUGCUGGCAUGCACAAGGAUGCUACUUCCGUUACUCUUUCAGAAGGACCCAUCAGACUCGAUUUGCAUACUCAGGCACAUUUGAAACUUCUGAUGGAUGAGGAAAAGGACUUGAGAGACCUAGUGAUCGCUGGAUAUGGAGAAGAUUCGGGUGAAGUGAUCGAGGCAGCGAGGCAAUACUUGAGCAUAUGGAAAAACAUUCAGCAAAUGCUGGUUUGGCAAGUUCCCAGAGAGACUGAAAAGAUUCGCCGUAUUUGCAUCCAGAAUGUUAUGAAAGUAGCCUUAUGGGACAUUAUAGACGACCUGGAAUCGAAAUAA